CUGAUCCAUCCUGAGUGGGGGUAGAGCUGGAACAGCUAGGUGUAGGCUACGCCAGGCUGGUGGGGAGGUCGUGUCAGGAGUCAACAGGUCUGAUUGGGCUUGCGUUGAGCUGAAGGGACAGAACUAGGUCUGGGGGAGAGAAUCUUGGGCUGUGAGACCCGCCUUACCCGGCCCCUCCCAGCUCCCCCAGCGCUCGCCGCUUCCUGGUCCUUGUCGCAACCAUGGCUGAAGAACAGCCGCAGGUCGAAUUGUUCGUGAAGGCUGGCAGUGAUGGGGCCAAGAUUGGGAACUGCCCCUUCUCCCAGAGACUGUUCAUGGUGCUCUGGCUUAAGGGAGUCACCUUCAACGUCACCACCGUUGACACCAAGAGGAGGACUGAGACAGUACAGAAGCUGUGCCCAGGAGGGCAGCUUCCAUUUCUGCUGUAUGGCACCGAAGUGCACACAGACACCAACAAGAUUGAGGAAUUUCUGGAGGCAGUACUGUGCCCUCCAAGGUAUCCCAAACUGGCAGCUCUGAAUCCUGAGUCCAACACAGCUGGGCUGGACAUAUUUGCCAAAUUUUCUGCCUACAUCAAGAAUUCAAACCCAGCACUCAAUGAUAAUCUGGAGAAAGGGCUUCUGAAAGCCCUGAAAGUUUUAGACAAUUACUUGACAUGUCCCCUACCAGAAGAAGUGGAUGAAACCAGUGCUGAAGAUGAGGGCAUCUCUCAGAGGAAGUUUCUGGAUGGCAAUGAGCUCACCCUGGCUGAUUGCAACCUGUUGCCAAAGCUCCAUAUAGUACAGGUGGUCUGUAAGAAGUACCGUGGAUUCUCCAUCCCAGAGGUGUUCCGGGGAGUGCACCGCUAUUUGCGCAAUGCCUAUGCCCGGGAAGAGUUUGCCUCCACCUGUCCAGAUGAUGAGGAGAUAGAGCUGGCCUAUGAACAAGUGGCUAAGGCGCUCCAAUAAGUUCCUCUUGGGGCUCCCUCACCCCCUACCAUUUUCUCCCUGGGUGGUUUCCACAUGGCCACCCAAUGGACACACUCCAAAACAGCCAGUGGACAGAGAAUCCUGGAGCACUUGUGCAGGGCCAGCAGGGAGCAUGAAGGGAAGGGAUGGGGCAUCUGGGUGAGAUUUUUGUUGUGGGGUGGGGUGGGUAGGACAAUGCAUUUCAGUAAUAAAAUACAGAAUG